AUUCUGCGUUCGCAUCUCAUCUUCUCCCAUUGCUCCGUAUACAAAGCUUCCACCUUUAAAUCGGCGACAAUCGGUGAAUAUCGGAGAUAAACACUCAAACAGCUGCUAUCCAAGAAUUGGAACAAUUCAUUUUACUACAUCAAAGAUGUCUGAUUCAAAACCCCAAAAUGUUCUCGUCCUUGGAUCUACAGGUCCACUAGGCGUUCUCAUCGUCAAAGAACUACUAUUGCGUGACAUUCAGACCACUCUAUUCGUUCGCAACCCAUCAAAAUUACCUUCGGACAUUACACAGAAUCCGAAAAUAACAGUAAGUACAGCCAAUAUCUAGAUAUGGAAACCCACUUACUGACUCCGAAAAGGUUAUUGAAGGAACCCUUGAAUCAGCUCCAACGACACUCCAUGCAACUCUCUCAAACUACACAACCAUAAUCUCCACCCUUGGUCCUGUUGGCCUUCAGCGGAGCAAAGAAACCCCCAUUACAGAUUUCUUCACCGUUCUCCUCCACGCCAUCUCUGCUCUCCCAACCAAGCCAAGGGUUUUCCACUCAUCAACUGGAUCUGUCACUGAUCCCAGCGACAAGUUCACAUUCAUUAUGUGGCUCAGUGUUCUAGUCAUCAAGUUAUUAGCUCCAGGUGCAAGAAACGAAAUUUUGAGCACCGCGAAGGUGUUUGUUGAGCAUGGAAACGAUAUCGACUGGACACUUUUCAGACUUGGUGUCUUGAGCGAUGAAAAAGAAGGGGAAGUUGAUGCGAAUGGAGAAAAGAAGGUUGCUCAUGCGGGGUAUAUAGCUGAUGAGAAGUGGCAAUUGAUGACACCUAGGUCUCAAAUUGCCAGGUGGGUUGUGAAACAGGCAACUGAGGGGAAGGUUGAGUGGAACAAGAAGAUGCCUGCUUUGGCUGGUAUUUGA